AUGACUCGACCGUUUUAUACAUUUACUUGCCGACAUUUUUUCCACAAAGACUGCUUAGAAUCCGAAAUGAAAUCUCAUUGGACUCAGCAAGAACAGGAAAAAUAUAGCAAUUUGGUUGAGAAGGAGAGAUUAUUGCAGAAGCAAUUAGAAAAAUCGACAUCUUCAAAUUGGACGCCAAAGAAAAUAAAUGAUUUUCAACAAGAGCUGAAACAUGUACGCAAUGAAAUUAAUGAUACCAUAGCUGGUGAUUGCAUCCUUUGUGGUAUUGCAAUGAUUAACUCGAUCGAUAAGCCGUUUUUUGAAGAAGACGAAUAUGAAAGAGAAAUGCAGACUUGGUAA